AGAAAAGGAGUAGGUUCAAAUAAGACAUAUUGACUAGCUCAAACUUCACACACUAUAUUAUAUGUGCACCAGUUACUUCUUUCAGCAUCCUCACCAUUCUCUCUUUUUGUAAUUUCAUUAAACACCUCCUACUAGCAAUUCACAAAUGGAAUCAUCAAGCAACAGUGAGAUAGCACAUGAAUUCUUCCCAUUCUUCAAAGUAUACAAAGAUGGUCGUGUAGAAAAAUUCAUGGUUUCUGAGCAUGUGCCCCCUAGUGAUGACCCACACAUGGCUGUCCGAUCCAAAGAUGUAGUAGUCUCACCCAAUCCCGCAGUGUCAGCCCGUGUUUUCAUGCCCCAGAUAUCCGACCCGAGUAAGAAGCUCCCUAUCCUAGUUUACAUGCACGGUGGAGGUUUUUCUAUUGGAUCCGCUUUCCACCUGGGUUACCACAAAUAUGUUAGUGCUCUUGUGGCAAAAGCCAAUAUCAUAGCCGUCUCUGUGGACUACAGGCUAGCCCCCGAGCACCCAAUUCCGGCAUGCUACAACGACUCAUGGGCGGCGCUUAAGUGGGUGGCUUCCCAUGCAAAUGGUGAUGGCCCAGAUCCAUGGUUGAAUAUCCAUGCGGAUUUUGGGCGGGUCUUUUUAGCGGGUGAUAGUGCUGGGGCAAAUAUUUCACAUAACGUAACGGUUCGGGUUGGGUUAACUAGUUUACCCGGGGUUAAAUUGAUUGGUGUGGCUUUGGUGCACCCAUAUUUUGGGGGUACGGAAGAUGAUAAAAUGUGGUUGUACAUGUGUCCGGAAAAUAAAGGUUUGGAGGAUCCUAGGCUAAAACCGGCCAUAGAGGAUCUAGCAAGGUUAGGGUGUGAGAGGUUGUUGGUAUUUGUGGCUGAGAAAGACCAUUUGAGAGAGAGAGGGACAUGUUACUAUGAAGACUUGAAGAAGAGUGGUUGGAAAGGGACGGUGGAGAUUGUUGAACAUGAGGGGGAGAGCCAUGUGUUCCAUCUGAUGAAGCCCAAAUGUGACAAUGCUGUGGAUCUAAUGGAAAGGUUGGUUUCCUUCAUCAAACAUGACUAAAGCGGUAUACUUAGCUUAACCUUCGGUGAUUUCAAUGAAACCUUCAUUUUCUUAUAGCGUGGGUUAUAUAUGUCAAUUAAAUCAUAAGUUUUUGACGUGGAUGAAAGAAGUUCUUUCUCACCUUAAUAUUGUAAUUAUAGCCAAUAGUGGCUAAAGAUUUAUCAAUAAAAUUUACAGUUUUAUA